AUGCCUACUGUUGUUAUGGCUUCCCCUAGCAUUCUCACUUUUGAUGUUGAGGGUCGGGUAGUGGACUUUGAGGUCUGGGUAGAUGAUCUGCAGCUUUUUCUGCAGUGCGAUAGGGCAGACGGCCUCUCCCUGUUUGACCUCACUUCUGGUGCCUCCCCUGCCCCUGCUGCUGAUGUUGACGCCACUGUUCGCUCACAGUGGGCCACACGUGAUGCUGCUGCUCGCCUUGCUGUUCGCCGCCACUUACCGACCACUGAGCGUGCGCACUUUAGCCAGUACAAGAGUGCUCAGACCUUGUACGACACUGUCGUUGCACGCUACUCUUCCCCUGCCACUGUUGCAUUGAGCCGCCUCAUGCUUCCCUUCCUCUUCCCUGACCUUGCUGCCUUUCCCACUGUCGCUGACCGCAUUACGCACCUCCGCACUCUUGACACUCGCUACCGCGCUGCGCUUCCUGCUGAGUUCUGCGCCAAGAACCCCCCCCCCAUGUACAUCACCCUCUACUACAUAGUCACCCGACUCCCUGACUCUCUUCGCGUAGUCAAGGACCACUUCCUCUCUGUUUGCCCCACCACUCUCACCGUUGACCUCCUCGAGAAGGCCCUCCUAGCAAUAGAAAAGAGCAUAGUCGCUGUAGGAGCCUCUCGUGGUGACCCUCGCACCCCCGUCUUUGAGGGGUGUUCUCCCUCCCCCCUCUUGCCCUCUGUCGCCUCUGCUGCUGUGGCCGACCUCGUUGGUUUCGAGUCGGUCGGCGCUGCGUCUGCCCCGAGUGGGAGACGCCGCACCGGCAAGGGCAAGGGGGGCAAGGGCUCUAGAGGGGGUGGAGGGGGCGGUGGAGGUGGUGGUGGUGGCGGUGCAGGGAGUGGGGUUGGUGGUGGGAGUGGUACCGGGGGUGGUGGUGGCGGCGGCAGCAGUGGAGGCGGCGGAGGCGGUGGAGGUGGCGGAGGGAGCGGAGGCGGCGGAGGUAGUGGAGGCGGCGGAGGUGGAGGAGGCGGCGGAGGCGGCGGUAGCGGUGGCGGCGGCGGCGGCGGCGGUGGUGGUGCGAGUCGCGACUCUGCACCGAGGAGUGGCUCCGGUGGUGGUCAGCGCCAGCAGCACCAGCAGAGCGGUGUGACCAUGUCCCCUCAGCAGCUUCGUGAGUGGUACACUGCACGCCAGCGAGGUGGGGGUUUUGGUCCCUGCUCCUACGUUCUCCGUACCAGCGACCGCACUAGUGAGCAGUGCGGAGGUCCGCACUCCACCCAGCGCUGCUUUGGUCACCUGACGGACGCGUGGCGUCGCCGGUUCCCUGAGGCGUCAGAGAUCCCUCACUGGGGAGAUCUGGCCAAGGCUGGGGUUGCUAUCUUUGAUCUUGACUUUGAUGCUAUUCUUGCUGCCAUGUAUGUUGUUGCUGAUAGUAUUGAGGGUGCCUGUUACCUGUGUGUACCGCAUGACCUGGGCAUUGAGGCUGCUGCGCUAGGUGCUGGUGAGACUGCUGCUCUUGGUGCUAGUGCGUCUGCUGCCCCAGGUGCUGGUGAGUCUGCUCUCUCAGGUACUGCUUCGGCUCAGGCCCUCCACACCUUCACCCUGGACUCGGGUGCGUCCCGCUCCUUCUUUCCAGACCACACCACUCUUACGCCGCUUAGUCGGCCGGUUGUAGUCUCCCUGGCAGACCCCUCUGGGGGUCCUGUCCCUGCUAGCUUCUCCAUUGUCCUUCCGUGCCCUGCAGCCCCCUCUGGCACCCUGUCUGGUCUGUACCUCCCCUCGUUCUCUACGAACAUGGUGAGUGGAGCGGACGUGCAGGAUCGAGGGGUUGACCAGUUCACUCCUGCGAGUCAGCGAGUGACCCACUACACGUGUGCUCGGACAGGUCGACACCUGGCCACGUUCAGUCGUCGGCCAGGGUCGAGCCUGUACACCCUUACUAAUGCGUCUCCUCCUGCUGCUGCGUCUGCCCAGGAAGCUGCGUCGAGUCAGGUGAUUUCAGCGGCGUCCAGGUCUGGUCCUGAGUCUGCCCCCUGCUCGUGUCGUCUACUCUCCCACCCGACUCUCCUUUGGCACCACCGCCUUGGUCACCCUUCCCUGCCUCGUCUCAGAGGCAUGGCCUCCCGUGUCCUUCGCGCCGCCCCUCACUCCUCCGAUUUUCCUCCGACAGAGGCUCCACUGCAGACUCUCCACAUGGACGUGUGGGGCCUAGCCCGCGUCAGUGGGCAUGGACAAGAGCGGUUCUUUCUGCUGGUGGUUGACGACUACUCGCGUUACACCACAGUCUUCCCCUUGCGCAGCAAGGGUGACGUCACUGAGGUGUUGAUCGACUGGAUCCGCGCAGCUCGUCUCCAGCGCAGAGAGAGUUUCGGCUCCGACUUUCGUGUUCUGCGUCUGCACUUGAACAGAGGAGGGGAGUUUUCCUCUGCCUGUCUGGGAGCCUUCUGUCAUGCACAGGGCAUCCGCCAGACCUUCACGCUUCCGGCCUCUCCACAGCAAAAUGGGAUUGCUGAGUGCCGCAUUGGCAUGGUCAUGGACGUUGCUCGUACGUCCAUGAUGCAUGCGGCUGCCCCCCAUUUUCUGUGGCAGUUUGCGGUUCAGUACGCCGCGCAUCAGCUCAACCUUCAGCCCCGGGUCUCCUUGCCAGAGACCUCUCCCGCCUUGAGGUGGACUAGGAAGGUUGGCGAUGCGUUUGCGUUUCGGGUCUGGGGAUCUAGGGCGUUUGUCCGCGACUCGUCUGCGGACAAGCUGUCCCCCCGUGCUGUUCCCUGCGUCUUCCUUGGCUUCCCCCCCAACGCGCCUGGUUGGCGGUUUUACCACCCCACCUCGCGACGUGUUCUGUCUUCCCAGGACGUCACCUUUGACGAGUCGGUGCCAUACUACCGUCUCUUCCCCUACCGCACUGUGCCCCUCCCCCCGCCGCCGCUCUUCCUUGCGCCAGGUGCUACCCAGGUAGACCCCCUCCCUCCUCAGGGUCCUGCCCCUUCAGGUGUGUCCCAGGUAGACGCAGUCGAGCCUGUCGAGGUAGAAGUUGACUCUGGUGCUGCUAGAGGUGCUGAGCCUGCGGGUGCCGGGUCUGGGGGUGCUGAGACUAGGGGUGCUGAGUCUGGGGGUGCUGAUACUGGGGGUGCUGAGCCUGGGGGUGCUGAGACUGGGGGUGCUGAGCCUGGGAGUGCUAAGCCUCGGGGUGCUGAGCCUGGGGGUGCUGAGCCUGGGGGUGCUGGGUCCACUCGUGUGGCCGGCGGCGGUGCUUCGUCGAGGCGGGAGCCGCUCUCUCCACAGGAGCUGCGCGAGUGGUUCGCCCGCCGCUGGAGACGUGCUGCUGAGUCUGGGGGUGCUGCUGGAGCUCCUAGAGUUGGUCCUGCUGGAGCUGCUGUUGGUGCUGGUGCUGCUGGAGGUGGAGCUGCUGAGGGUGUUGGCGCUGGUGUUUCUACUGGUGCUGGUGCGUCUGGCGAUGCUGCUGAGGCAGCUGGUGCUGACGGUUCUACUAGAGUUGGAGCUGCUGGGGGUGUUGGCGCUGGCGUUGCUGCUGGCGCUGGUGCUUCUGAGGGUCCUCGAGUUGGCGCUGUUGGAGCUGGAGGUUCUGCUGGCGCUGGUACUGCCGCUGGGGGUCCUGGUGCCAUCCUUGCUGGUUCUAGAGGUGCUGCGCGGCCGAGGCCGUACUUCGUUCCCCUCCUGGAGCAGGUUCUUGGUCUCCCUCCCUCUACUGGUCCUACUCCUCUCUUAGAGUGUCCGCAGCCCGUUUUGUCGCAGUCCCAGUUAUAG